UGACACAGCUCUCUGCCUCGAAUCAAAAUACAAAAUACAAGUAGAGUUAAUAAUGGCGGAUGAUUCAUGUGAUGUGCCGUUCCCUGAUCCUGAGGGCAGUGAUAAUGAGCACGACUUUGACUCUGAUGAUUCCAACGACCCUAUUCCACCCACUGCAGGUGGAGCAACACGAAAUCUCUUCUCUACAACAGGGGUUCUAGGUGACCCACUCCUUCCCUCCGUUGAAGAUAUCUUUGGAGAAGAUCAGCCCUCUCCUCGAUCCACAGCGACACCCACCACUGCCGAAAGGGCGGAGGUGAUCGGCAUUGAUCUUGGUACCACAUUCUCUUGUGUGGCUGUGUGGGACGGUAGCCAUCCGACUGUCAUAGCAAACAAUAUGGGGAAUCGGACAACUCCUUCCUGGGUCUCCUUCCAAAAUGAGAAUGUGUUCGUUGGUGAGGCAGCAAGAAGCAAAGGCUCUCGAUUCCCCCGAGCCACAAUUUAUGAUGCCAAGAGAAUGAUUGGUCGCAAAAUGUCAGAUGCCACCAUUCAGCAGUCACUGAAGCUCUGGCCAUUUAACAUGACUGAAUUUCGUGGCAACUGUGCCAUUGAGGUUUCUGGAGAUACACCCCAGCUUCUUAUGCCCGAAGAAGUUUCUGCUUAUGUGCUUGCCAAGAUGAAGCACACUGCAGAAGAUUACCUUGGACAUAAGGUCACGCGUGCUGUCAUUACUGUCCCUGCUUACUUCAACGACGCUCAGAGGCAGGCGACUAUUGAUGCAUCCGAAAUAGCUGGUUUGAAAGUGGAGAGGAUCAUCAAUGAGCCUACUGCAGCCGCUCUUGCUUACGGACUAGAGAGAUCACAAAGAGAUGACCGAUCUAAGACAUUACUCAUGUAUGAUUUAGGUGGUGGCACCCUAGAUGUUACUAUCAUGGUUAUAGAAGGUGGUGUGUUUGAAGUCAAAAGCACCAGUGGAGAUUCGUAUUUAGGUGGGCAAGAUUUUGACAAUAAUCUUGUUCAGUUCUUUCUGCCUGAAGUUGAGUCACAGUGCGGUGAAGACAUCUCUAGGAAUCCAAAGGCUCUAAAGAAGCUCCGAGAUGCUUGUCAGUCACUCAAGCACAAUCUUUCACACUCAGACGUGGCUGGUAUCGAAGUUGACGCUCUAGUUAGCGGAGAAGACUUUGAAUCUUCUUUAACAAGAGAUAAAUUUGUUGAAAUCAAUCAGGAUCUAUUUAAGAAAUGUCUCGAGCCACUGUAUAGAGCGAUUACUGACGCUAGCAUAUCCAGGGAAGACAUUGACGAGAUUGUGCUGAUUGGUGGAUCCACACGCAUCAUACGAAUCCAACAACUGCUAGAGGAACACUUUCCCAAUAAGCCCCUGAGUAAGAGAAUUAAUCCCGACGAGGCCGUAGCGUUAGGAGCUGCAAUCCAAGGGGCCAAUCUCUCACUAUCGUUUGACAAGAAGCACCCAAAACUAUCAGGCAUUACACUGAUGGAUGUGAUACCAAUGAGCCUUGGAAUUGAGCUGGUAGGGGGAAGAAUGAGUGUCGUUGUCCCUCGAAACACGACCAUUCCUUACUCCCACACUAGGGUGUAUCGUAACAAUGAAAACUACCAGACUCGAGUAAUUGUGGAGGUAUUUGAGGGAGAAGACAAAGCGACCAAGAACAAUAGGUUACUCGGCAAGUUUACACUACCAGGGCUGCCUCCUAGACCAAGGGGACAGGUCCAGAUCCCAGUGACUUUCACCAUCGAUGCUAACGGUGUGCUAGAGGUGACAGCCAGUGUGAAGGGGGAGGAGGGAUCAUCAAAGACUGUGGUGAUUCAGAAAGACAAAGGUCUACUCACUGGUGACGAGAUUAAGAACAAAGCCAAACUACUGAAUAAGUGGGAAAAACGGUGUAGGGAUAACAAAUUAAACUGAUUGUUUUCUAUUGUGCAUAUGUGUUGUGUGUUGACUCUUUUGUUUGUACUUUA